AUGGCCUGUCGUCGGACAACGCGGAGUAUAGUUCUGACGGCGUUCACCUGGUUUCUGGCACAUGUGCAGUUCCCUGAAUCAUGCGUCCCUGAGUCCAUCCCCCCGAGACAAAAAGCUUCGAGUGUUCAUAGGGAGAAGACUGGGAUGAGCAACAGCCUGAAAGUUAAGUUAUCGCCCCAAACGACAUUCAAGCUGUCUUCCGAGGAGAGGAAUCUCGUGAGAAGGGUUGCAAAGCUGGGAAAGGAGGGCGACUGGCAAUGCGCUCGCCAGCUCUAUGAAGACUACACCGGCUCCGCUGUCCCUGUGUUUACUGCUGCUGCACAAGCAGCGUACCGUUGUGGACAGUACAUGGAAGCAGCCAAGAUUUACCACAAGUUGCGAAGCUUGCCGGUAGUGGUGAGCGAGGUGAGCCUGGUGGUGGCACUGAAGCUUUUUGGAAAGCUUCAGGAACCUUCGAUGGUUGAACGGAUAUGGGCUGAGGUUUCUGAACGUGGAUGGCUCAGCAACAAGAUUCUGUGCGGCGCCCGCAUCAAUUCGGCGGCUUACAUGGGAGACAUUGCAGGGGCGGCGAGUGUGUUGGACAGCAUGGUUGCAAACGAGCUGGAGCUUUCUGUGUAUGUAUUCAACUCAGCUAUCUUGGCUUGUGCCAAUGCAGAGCCACCAAGCCACAAGGCAGCGAUGUACUUUUUCGAUGCCUUGCUGAACCACGGCUUUUCGCCGACUGUCGUGACCUUCACAAAUUUGGCCCGGGCCCAUGCAACAGCCAGUCUUGCAGAGAUCCAGCGCGUGCGUGCCACAGCGAAUGAGAACAACAUCCAUCUCAAUGCAGUGUUUGCUGAGUGCUAUGUGAGGUCGCUUUUCCAGCGACGUCUGGCCAAAAAUGCCCACAGCGUCAAAGCCGUCCAGGCGUUGCUCGCAGAUUUGCCUGGACGUGAAGAACGGUUGAAAGAAGCUCACAGUGCCCUUCUCCAGCUCCAAGCCAGCAAUGUUGUCUUGAGUAGACUCUGUCAUGUCAUCAUAGAGUAUCUGCGGCAGGAAGGCUUAUGA